AUGGCAUGUCUUCUCGGAGGUGGAGGAGAGGGCAGAGGAGGUCUUCUAUCAGGUAUUACCAACACUCUUAAUUCCACAACGAAAGGAUUACCUAUCGUCGGCGGGAUUACAGAACGUCUUCUACAUUCUGUUGACAAUGUCGGCGUGCCUGACGGGGGAAAGAAACCUGCCCAAGCGCAGCAGCCUCAAGCCACCGCUCAGGGUCAGGACCUAGAAGCGGCCGCCCUGGCGAAGAAGAAGAAAUUACACGAGAUGAAGAGCGACAACUGGCACUCGAGAUGGAAGAAAUGGAAAUGGACGGCAAAUAGGGAGCCCGAGAGGAAGGACUGA